AUGGCACGUCCCCUGCUCCAGCCCCUGCUGCUCCUACUGCUGUCCUUCGCCCUCGGAUCUGCAGGACAAGAAGGUCUCCAUCCAGCCCAGGAUACCGGGGAGAGGAUCAUUAAUGGAGUUGUAUGUCCAAAAGGCUCCCAUCCUUGGCAGGUGGCCCUGUAUGACAACAAUGGGUUCCAAUGUGCAGGCGUGCUGGUCCACCCGCAGUGGGUGCUCACCGUCGCCCACUGCUACCAGAGUGAGUACAUUGUGCAAAUGGGUAGUGAUCUUCCGGUUGAUGCGCGUGCCCAGAGGAUCAUGGCCUUACAGUCCUUCAUCCACCACCGGUAUAACAACCGCACCGAUGAUCAUGACAUCAUGCUGGUGAGGCUGUGCAGGCCGGCCACGCUCUCGCCCACUGUGAACACAAUCGACCUACCGUCCAGCUGCAAAGACCCUGGGACAAGCUGUACUGUGUCUGGCUGGGGCGUCACCACCCCGAAUGGAGAACUGGGAGUCUUGGCCUGCAGGCGCCUUCUCCCUCAGACGAAAGGAGACCUGGUCCCCAGCCCCCUCUACCCAGGAGGUGUCCCUCAAUGCCAGCACCUCAUCCCACCCUUGGUAGAUGCCACUAGGGAUGGUGGAGCUGAAAAAGGUGUAUCGGAGCUCAUGUGCUUGAAUGUCAACCUCAUCUCCUACCAGCACUGCAAGCCGUUUUACCCGACCAUGUUGAAAAAAUACAUGCUCUGUGCGGCACCCCUCGACAGGCUCUCCUACUGCUGCACAUGUCCCGGGGCCUGA